UCAUAUAUUCCUUUGAAAUUCAGACACCUUUUCCUCCUUUAAAGUCGCCAAGGCCCAAGGAAAAGGUUUGGCCCACAUUAUACCAGAAAGAAAAUGAAUAUUCGUGUUUGACAUUCAACUCCCAUCAUAUUAGAAUCCAUUUCUUAUUUUAGGAGAACAAUUUCAUUUGUCUUGGGGAUAUUCACAAGAGCAUUUACUUUCUCAGUUGGAAGGAACUGGGAACUCAACUUACUUUGUUGGCCAAAGAUUUUGGUCCACUUGAUUGUUUCGCAACAGAAUUUCUAAUCGACGGGAGUACUCUUAACUUAGCAGUUUCAGAUGAUCAAAAGAAUGUACAGGUUAGCACGUGUAACUAUGUGAGUACUUGUGAUGUUAUAGGUACUUUACAAUGACAAGCAAUAAUAAUAAUAAUAAUAAUUUGACCUCCUAAUUUGCAUUGCCUUCACACUUGUCCUCUUUUUCAUCUUCACACACACUGGAUCCUUGUAUAGAACAUUAGAACCACAUGACACAUGCCGGUAUCUGUGUUUUUUAUGGUCAAUAAUCAAAAGAUAUCCUAGUUAAUUACCAUGUUUAAGUCUAGGGUUGGGCCAGGAGGGUCUCUCAACGCCUUCUUUUCUUCUCAUCGGAGUUCUUUCACAAAGACUUGCCAUGGUAGGAAGCAGGGGGGAACAAGCACACUUAGAGAGCGCAGUACAAAGGAGAGUUGUAUGUAUUUGGAUUUCUUGAAUGUAUUAAAACAGUUACUCCCUCCGUCCCCCUCAAUUGUUUACAUUGGAGGGGGACACGGAGACCAAGACAUGUGUGAAAAUUGAGUAAAGUUAGAUGAAAAGUGGGUAAAGUGGUGGGACCUAUCAAUAUUUAAUAAUAGAUUUGAGAUAGUGGAGGGAAGUAGUGGGUGUAAUAGUAGUUUUUAUUGUUAAAUAUGAGAUAGUGGGGGAAGAUAGUGGGUGUAAUGAUGGGAAAAACUUACUAUUUAUAGUAACGUAAAGAAAUGAGAGGGACAUCCCAAAAUAGUAACUGUAAAGAAAUGAGAGGGACAGAGGGAGUAUUCUAUUAUGCACCCAAGAUGUCAGAGAGUUGGAAAGGACAAAAAUUUCUUUCUCGAGCUGAGUUUCAUUUUAGUGCUCAUGUGACCAAGUUUCAGAGGUUGCAGAUGCUUCCUACACCUGAUCAAACCAAUGCUGCUCCUAUCCCUGACAAGACAAAUCUUUUUGCUCUUUUAUGUGGGACUCUGGAUGGCAGUGUGGGAUGUAUUGCACCUCUAGAUGUAUUAGCAUUUUGUAGACUUCAGUCUUUGCAAAAGAAACUUGUUGAAUCUGUGCCACAUGUUGCUGGAUUGAAUCCAAGAUCUUUUUGUCAAUUCCAUUCGAAAGGAAAGGUUCACCGGCCUGGUCCAGACAGCAUAGUCGACUGUGAACUUCUUUGUCCGUUUGAAAUGCUUGUAUUGGAGCAGCAGCAUGAGAUUGCUAAUCAGAUGGGAACAACACGAUCACAGAUUGUGUCAAAUUUAAAUGAUCUUGCUCUUGGUACAAGUUUCUUACGGGGAACAGCCUGUUAAAUGACAAACUGCGGGAAAUAGCGUGACAAAUCAGAUAGACCACUGAAGGGCUAUACACCCUAGCUUCUUGUUUGUAAAUUGUGAUGAAAUCUCCAUAGAACUGUAAUUGGUUGGCCUUCACACUUCUCAGUCAUCUAGCUGGCUAAUAGCAUUUGUUUUAAAACUUAUUGUGAUUAUUCUUCAUUAUACAAUUAGAUUUUUAGAGGUAGUGCUAGACCUGGAAUUAGAGCGAAAACU